UCCGCAGGUCCCCGGGCGCCAGCGCGGGAACCAGGAAAAGGAAACCGCGUUGUGUACGUAAGAGCCAGGAAACGAAACCAGGAGCCGCGGGUGUUGGCGCAAGGGUUACUCACAGACCCUGUUCCGGCUGACUUCGGAGAAGGUUGCGCAGCAGCUGUGCCUGGUAGUCUAGACGCGUAGGAGAGGAAGCCACCGCCUGGCCACGGCUUUCUGGAACUCCGCUCGCUCGGGAGCGGAAACAGCGGCAGCCACAGAACUGUUUUAAUCAUGGACAAACAAAACACACAGAUGAAUGCUUCUCACCCGGAAACAAACUUGCCAGUUGGGUAUCCUCCUCAGUAUCCACCGACAGCAUUCCAAGGACCUCCAGGAUAUAAUGGCUACCCUGGGCCCCAGGCUGGCUACCCACCCCCACCAGCUGGCCAUUCAGGUCCUGGCCCAGCUGGCUUUCCUGUCCCAAAUCAGCCAAUGUAUAAUCAGCCAGUAUAUAAUCAGCCAGGUGGAGCUGCAGGGAUACCAUGGAUGCCAGCACCACCGCCUCCAUUAAACUGUCCACCUGGAUUAGAAUAUUUAAGUCAGAUAGAUCAGAUACUGAUUCAUCAGCAAAUUGAACUUCUGGAAGUUUUAACAGGUUUUGAAACUAAUAACAAAUAUGAAAUUAAGAACAGCUUUGGACAGAGGGUUUACUUUGCAGCAGAAGAUACUGACUGCUGUACCCGAAAUUGCUGUGGGCCAUCUAGACCUUUUACCUUGAGGAUUAUUGACAAUAUGGGUCAAGAAGUCAUAACUCUGGAGAGACCACUAAGAUGUAGCAGCUGUUGUUGUCCCUGCUGCCUUCAGGAGAUAGAAAUCCAAGCUCCUCCUGGUGUACCAGUAGGUUAUGUUAUUCAGACCUGGCACCCAUGUCUACCAAAGUUUACAAUUCAAAAUGAGAAAAGAGAGGAUGUACUAAAAAUAAGUGGUCCAUGUGUUGUGUGCAGCUGUUGUGGAGAUGUUGAUUUUGAGAUUAAAUCUCUUGAUGAACAGUGUGUGGUUGGCAAAAUUUCCAAGCACUGGACUGGAAUUUUGAGAGAGGCAUUUACAGACGCUGAUAACUUUGGAAUCCAGUUCCCUUUAGACCUUGAUGUUAAAAUGAAAGCUGUAAUGAUUGGUGCCUGUUUCCUCAUUGAUUUCAUGUUUUUUGAAAGCACUGGCAGCCAGGAACAAAAAUCAGGAGUGUGGUAGUGGAUUAGUGAAAGUCUCCUCAGGAAAUCUGAAGUCCGUAAAUUGAUUGAGACUAUCUAAACAAAUACCUGUGUGAAUUAAGCUGUAAUACCUGUAGCUCUGGUUGUAUACUUUUGCUUUUCAAAUUAUAGUUUAUCUUCUGUAUAACUGAUUUAUAAAGGUUUUUGUACAUUUUUUAAUACUCAUUGUGAAUUUGAGAAAAAGGACAUCUGAGUUUUUGCAUUUAUUAAUGAAACUUCCUAUGAAAAACUGCUUUGAAUUAUGAUCUCUGAUCCACUGUCCAUUUUACUACCAAAUAUUAACUAAGGCCUUAUUAAUUUUUAUAUAAAUUAUAUCUUAAAUCUAGUUACCAUUUAUUUCAUGCAUAAGAGCUAAUGUUAUUUUGCAAAUGCCAUAGAUUCAAAAAAGUUCAAAGAUAAUUUUCUUUACUGUUAUAUUCAAAUAAUAUUCAAUAUGUAUAUUAUCUUUAAAAAGUUAAAUGUAUUUUUUUAAUCUUCAAGAAAUCAUGCUACACUUAACUUCUCCUAGAAGCUAAGCUGUACCAUAAAUGAUACAUUCAUAUUCACAAGAUAUUAAAUUACCAAUUUUUAAAUUAUUGUUAGUAAAGAACAAAAUGAUUCUUGUCCAAAGAAAGGCACAUUUUCAACACUCUUUCACUCUAAAACUCGUACUAUUAUAACUUUUGAAAGUUAAUAUUUAUAUAUGAAAUGUAUAGCUUUUAUACUCUAUCCUUUCUAGAAAAUGGUAAUUGAGAUUACUCAGAUGUUAAUGAAAUAUAUUAGAUAUAUAUAUUCACAGAGAAUAAACCUAAAUAAUGAUCUAUUAGAUUCAAAUAUUUGAGAUAAAAACUCAAUUUUUUUAUAUAUUUGACUUUUGUUUUUUAAACAAAAUGUGUUCAGAUGGUAUUUUGAACACUCAUUCAGUUAAAUGAUGGUACAUUUGAAGCAGGAUAUUUCCCUGACCCCUUCCUGGGACUCGAGAAGCGGUGUCUUGUUUACUCAGCCUGCCACUGUCAACUCCUCCUGGGAGGGAGUGCGCAGGCAAACAAGGCAGGAACUGGAGUGCACAAGCACUGGAACUGGCUGACCGCUGUGGCACGGGCAAGAGCAAACUCCGUGCAGGCCCUGUGGUAGCAACCAGGUGCGGUUGCCUGUGAUUCCUGAAGCCCCAGAAGGUGUGUUACAGUGCUCUUUUAGCUCUGCUGUCUGUGGACGGCUUAAGUGUUAACAGCUCAGUGAGCCCUUUGUCUUGUCACGUGGGACAGCUGCCCUCCACCAGCAAGGGCAAAGGACGAGUGUGAGUGCCUUUUAUAUCUUCACUCAUGGCUCCCAGGCUCUUGUCCGGCGUCCAGGAAAAAUGUGGUCACAAAAACAACUGAAGGAUGGUAAAUGCAGGGACUUUAUUGCUGAGGAAAGUGACUCUCAGUGGAAAAAAAGGAGCUGAAAAGGGGACAGUGGGGUAGGUGAUCUUCCCCUGAAGUCUGGCCAUCUCCAGCUGGAUUCUUCUCUGAAAUUACACUGUCAAGCUAUCCCUCUGAAGUCAAGCUGCUUCUCUCCAACGUCCAGCCAUAGUCUCCACUCCUCUCUGACUGAGUCUGGGGUCUUUAUAGGCACAGGAUUGCAGGCAGGGAGGGCCAUGGGCAGUUUAGGAAAAGGCAACAUUCAAGGAGAAAAACAUGGAUAUAAAUUCUCACUUUGGGCUGGGGUUUCAGGCAUUUCAGCUUAAGGGUAGGGUUUUCACUGGGGACUCACCCUUUUCUGCCUAGAAUUUCUCUGCCUCCUGUCCCCAUCAUGUUUAACUGCCUUUUCCUUUCAAAUCUUCAAAAAGGAGCAAGUACAUGACACUUUGUAGUAAAAUCUGUACCAGAGUUGGAAACUAAGUUUUCCACCUGUCAGAAGCUUAUAAGAAUUUAGUAAUCUCUUUUGUAAUGAAGAUUGAGUUGAAAGAUGACAAGAACAACCCACAAUAUUCCUCAUGCAAUGGAAAAGUGUGCUUAAGCAAUAAGGGCAUGUGGAAGAGUCUCUCUUUCAUGUUCAGCACAGUUCUUACAACAGCAGCUCUCCUCAUGGUGUUAGUGCCCUAGACCUCAAUAGCUCCAAAUGGUAAGUGGUGAGAACAUUAGUAUGCAGGAGAUCUUCAAGAAAAGCCAAGUCUAGAUGAUUUCCCACAAGCCUAAACAAAUCUCCAGAUGCCAAAUUCCAAUGAUGAAGUGUACCCAUGGAACUCACUCAGAGCGUGUGCUUGGUAGAGAUAGCAUGUCAAGAAAAGUGGAGGUACUUGCAUAGCUGAAUCCCAAUGGCAUUGUUAUGCCAGUUACAGAAGAGGGUGGAAAUAGGAUUUCCAAACUGGCCAUAAUGUGCCAAAACUGACCCAGAAUAAGGCUUAGAGUACUGACAUUAUCUCUGUGACAGCUACAUCUUACUUUCAUUAUUUGUCUGUCUCUGAACAGGAUUCUGAAUCUUUAAGUAAAAUAAAACUAAACUGAUCUAAACAUUUUUUUCUUUCUUCAACUCUGCAAAGAACAUCUGAGCAAAACACAUAUUUUCUGCAGAACCUACUUAAAUACUAGACAAAUAUCUUCUCAUUACAUAAUUACAUAGAGAAAAAUAAUCACACAUGAAAAAUUCGACAUUUAAUAAAAUACCAGGAAUUGUUUUUCAAAGUUUAACUGUAAUCUUAAUGAGAUUUGAGGAAAUGUUGCCUAUUUUUUUAUUUCUGCUAUGUGAGUUAUAACAGUGAAUGGAAAGUCAAACUGCAUGUCCCUGACUAGGGGAAAUGUUGAGGAGGAAAAGCUGCAAUGGAUGGGGCAUGGAGCUGUGUUUUUGGUCUUGGGAAGAAAGUUCUAGGUAGGUGGUCAGUGAGGAAGGGGGAGAAUGGGGAGGGAGGAGGAAGACAAGAUUUAAGGGAUGUCAGUACUUCUCCUAUGUACCUCUUGGGGGAGGGUUGAGGAGUGAGGGGAGUGUAAGUGAAAGCAGAGACAAGGCUGGGAGAGGAAAAAACAAAAAGCACCAGCCACAGGCAAUUAAAUUGCCAGAAAAUCAGUGUCAGGGCUCCCAGCAUCAAGUUAGCUAGCUACUCUAGGCAUAAGUACUAAAGCUUUAACUGCAUUUGGGCUCAAAAAGAAUGACUGUAACUUUAGGGUAACUAGAAAAGACUCUGUAGAGAAUCCCUGCCAUCAGUAACAAUGGAAUGAUUUAAAAUGUCUGGACACAAUGAAGUGCUCCUAGUGCUUAAAGUGCCAGAAAAGUGUACAGGGUUUCCCUGCAUAUCCUGCCUCUCUCCUUUCCUGUCCCUAGCCCAGCGUACACUGCCUGAGUUUCCUAGGACCACGUUUCUGCACCUGGCACUGUCUCCUUCAAGCCCUGUGUUCCUCCUUGUGCCUUCAUUUCCCUCAAUAAUCAAUAGUAUCAUUGUCAAUUGAUUAUGUUAUCUACCUUAUAAGGUCAAUGUGAAGAUUCCGUGUUCUAAUGCAGGUUCAGUGACAUGAGCAGGUUCCUGCAGUAGAACCAGUGUAAAAAAUGAAAAGGGCUACGUGUUGAUAAAGAUCAAUGGGUUUCGAAACACAGGGAAGUGUCUCAAAGCCAAUGAGGAAGAUUUGGGCUAAAUUAAAUUUCUGUAUUAUGAUUUGAAUAGCAAAUAAAAUUCAUUUAAACCCUAGGAAGAAUACUAUCUCCUCAAAAAAAAAAAAAAAAAAAAAAAAAAA